GAAUGGACUUCGAAGGUAGUCAAUAUUAUAAUAUUAAUCGAAUUCUUAUGAUCUGUGUUGGUCUUUGGCCAUUCGAAAGAACAAUAUAUUCGAAAUUGAUAAAUAUUUUCAUUUUUUUACUUUUGAGUACUGCGAUAUUUAUACAGGUAAAAGCUCUUUUAGAUGAAAUUAAAAAAGAUUGGAAUUCGUUAAAAAAUACAGAAGAACUCCGAAUCAUUCAUGAAUACUCUAAAACCAUAAAAGGAAUAACAAUAUGUUUCAUUAUUAUUAUCGUGCCAUUACAAUUGGUAUUCUUUUUGAGUAUAUUCGGUAACGAUAUCCUAGAUAUUUUGAUUCCUUUAAAUCACACUCGCUUGCGGACAGUUCCAAUUGUAAUUGAUUAUUUCGGCGAUCAACAAAAAUUUUUCUAUAUUUUUGGUAUGCAUUUGAACCUUAUUAUCAGUUUCGGAGGAUUAGGAAUUAUAGCUACUGAAACAACAUCUAUGGCUAUAAUGCAACAUCUUUGUGGAUUGUUAAAGAUUGUUAGGUAA